UGCAUGUCCGCCAUGAUCUUCACCAGAAAUUGGGUCCAAGUCACAUUGUUACCGAUGUGUUUCAUGAACUCUUUGCGACCAAAUAUGCUCUUGUCCUGCUCGAAGGCGGUCUCCAGUUGAGCCUUGAGAUAUUUCGGAAGUCAACUCUCAUCCUCUGA